CGGCCAUCGCUAGGUCACACUGACAACUUGUCACUGACAAGUCAUGAUAAUUUUUUUAAAGCAAUAGUUUUUCGCAAUGGACUCGUUUUUCGGAUUCGACACCAAUUUACCGGAUGAAGAUGGAGGCGACAGUCGCCUUGGUGAGGAGGACUACGAUGCUCUGAACGACGAGACCUUCGGCUCGGCGAUAAAUGGAGACUGGGAGGAGGCCCACGAGACGAUGGUGCGCCUCGGCGGCAACGGAGAGCGGGCGCGAAAUCGGGUCGUGGACGGGGACUUUGGAGAACCCAGUGACAACGGAGCCUUCCGGCACCUGAAUCUGCUCUCCUCAGCGCCCUCGUCUAGUGGAUCCACACCGGCUCCUUUCCGACAAUCGCGUAACAUCGGCGACUCUGAUCUAGAGCUAAACAUCUCCGCGAUGAAGCUGGACGACAUGGAUUUGUCCUCAUAUGCCGACAGCGAAGCCGGGGGUCUUAGCAAUCGCAUCAACUUGGACUCCAACGUGUGGACCUCGCAACCCUUUCCGAACAGUCAACCGCCCCUUUUCAGGGAAAACCUACGCAGCGCUUUCAAACCUCAGCAGCCGCAACCACAGCAGCAUCCUAUGAUGAAGCCUCCGCCAGAGGCGAAUGCGAACUUUCCUCCGCAGGGAUUGAAAAUCACCACUCUUGAAGACAUUGAGCGGAAUCUGAUUAUCCAGCAGGCAUCUAAGCAGCAACAACAGCAACAGGAACGUAAAAUGUUUGACGACUUUAGCCUGGCCAACCGGAGGCAGGUGGCCACACCAACUAUGCUGCUUCAACAGCAACAGCAACAUAUGCAGCAACAACAGCAUCUACAACAACAACAGCAGCUACAGCAACAACAAAAGCUGCACCAGCAACAGCUUAACCAACAACAACAGCUUAACCAACAACAACAGCUUAAUCACCAACAACAGCAACAACUUAAUCAGCAGCAACAACAACAUCUUAAUCAGCAACAACAACAACAGCUUAACCAACAACAACAACACCAGCAGCAUCAGCAACAACAACAGCAUCAUCAACAACAACAGCAGCAGCAGCAACAACAACAGCACAAGGCACCUCCUGGCUUUCUAGGAACGCCUCAGACCUCUCCACCUAGGCCAAAUUUGGGUUUCCCUGGACCUGGACCUGGCCCAGUGCCCGGCCCCGUGCCUGGUUCACAUCCACUGAACGAGCUGCUACCCACGCCACCAUCGCAGCCGCAGCUAAAUGGGCCUGGUGGAAACCGUGUGCCUCCCGGAUUCAUUUACCCGCCAGCUAUGACAGGAAACAUGCCGCCACUGCCUAACCAGCACCCGCUGAUGCCCAACUAUCCGCUGAACCUACCACUGAACUAUCCGUUGCCCAAUGGCGGCAAUCAGCGCCCACUGCCCAAUCCCCAUGCCCUGCCAACAGCGCUGAACAACUUCGCUAUGCAUCCAAGCUUUAAUGCCAUGCGCGCAGCAGGCCUCCAUUCAACGCCACCAUUUAUACAACCCGGUCACCCUAUGCCACAGCCUCGGAUGCCACCGCAUCCAAUAGGCCAGCAACCGCCGAACUCGAUGUACAACAUGUUCAACAUGCGGCUGGUGCAGGAGAUACAGCAAAACCAUCCGCUGCUCCAGCAAGCGGCUGUGGCGCGUCAAAUGCAACAAAGUCGCUCGGGUUCUGUGACCAGUGAUCGGCAGAAGCAGCCAUUGCCGGGGCAGCAACAGCCGCACGGGCGCCGACCUGAUGCCACAGGAAAUCUGCCACAGGACGACUAUGAUGAGUAUGCUAACCUCAUGAGCACGCGCGACAAGCACUGGCUGAUCGGCAUCCAACUGUCACAGCUGAAUACGGAUACGCCCUAUAUUGACGAUUACUACUAUACUGUGUACAAGGAGCGUAAGGCACAGCAGAACGGACAAACGCGUCAGAGUCAGGCGCAUAAGGAUAACCAACUUAAUCAUCCGCUCACCCAGCCGCGCGGCCACGCGCAACUGGUACUUGUCCAGCUGGGCAACAAGAACGGAACGCGCAACGGUCACGGACGCGAACGUCGCAAUUCGGAGAAUGCCAACAACACUAGCGGCCACACCAACAACGGCCCAGGCAAUAAUAAUACGCUGCCCGGUUACAUAUUUUCACCGCUGAAAUUUGAGAACUCGCUGGGAAAGCUGCAGUACGGCAGUGUAACGGCUCCGCGCAAAAUCAUUGACGCCGACAUUAUGGGCGCGGAUUCGAAUGCCGGGCUAGAUACUAGUGCCACAUCCUCAACCUCUAGCACGAAUCCCAAGUCGCAUGCUGGAACUCCAUUGUUGCCAUCCAACGAUCGCGAUAUCAAUCCAAGCAGCAUGCGCAAGUCGCGUCAUAUUCUGCUGCUGAUCGAAACGCUGUACCGCUAUCUGUUAAAGCUGGAGGAUCUGGAGAGUCCCGAGGUCAUGGCCACUAUAGCGCUGAAGAAAAAGAAGGAGGCCGAACGAAUCGCGGCCCUCGAGCAACUGGAGAUGGCCAAUAAAACGCCCGAAGAGCGAGCUGCCGAGGCUGCUAACCCGCAGUCAAUGAAUCCACAGUUGAAGAAUAAAUUUAAUUACGAAGUGGAGACGAAUUCUGCUUUGGUGAACAAGUUGAAGGCUGGUUUGACCCUCGACAAGGUUAUCGCCAUGAUGAAUGUGCGCAAGGGAAAGAUACUUUUACGUCGAAUCAUGCCUUUCAUUGCGGAUCAAAGCAUUUGUUGGACCGUUUGGAGCGGUAUAUUCUGCUCGCUGCAGACCGUGGUCAAGAAGGACAAGGAUGAUGUGGAAGGAGUCCUCUACGCACUUUAUCCUGAAUUUAAGAAGCACAUAAGCAAGGCCAGUUUUGAGAACCUUGUUAGCAUUUCAGCUGCCAUCACGCUAAACGACAAAAAGCUAACAGGAAUUUUUUGCACUCGCUUUGGCAUCCUGUCAUUGGUUGCUCUAAUACUACGGGCCGAGGAAAUUUACGUGGCCCGUUCCGACCCCACUCUCAACGAGGAGAACAAGCAGAAGUGGCGGGAGUUUUUAACUCAGGUAGCAUCAAGCCUCAAUCUAACCAUUCAGAAUCAAACCAUCUCGGCGGCCAUCGAGUCCGAUGCGAUUCAGCCUUUAAUGGACCACUUUGAACGGUUUAAAGACCUUAAGCUCGAUGCCCUUCUGGCAUUAAUCACUGAAGCCAGGCAACAAAUCGACUAGGUUGAGUUGUAGGUUUAUUUUUCACGCUUAAUGGAAAUGUUUCAGAAAUUGUAAAAUGUAUGUAGCAGAGUUAAUUUUUUUCUUUACUCAAUUACACAUAUGUUUGUAUAAAUUAUGUAUCCGAUACUUACAUAUGUACCGUGUUUACUUUGAAAAAACAAAAAAAUAUUGCUACAGGGUAUACAAAUCUCACACAAAAAAAAAUGAGAUAGUACUCAAUCGUCAAUAAAUUUUGAUAAUAGUUUGUUAGAAACGUUA